AUCAGCUGUCAGUGGCUGCUUCGUUUUUCUGGCGCGUGUUCUUUCCUGCUAGCUCGCCCGUUUGGCAGUGCCCUUUUUGCAGCGAAAAAUUCGCUUGACACGCACGAACUUUUCAUUCGGUUCUGUCCGAAAUCCGUGAAUUUCGACAGAAUGUCUCGCAAUCGAGCCGCCGAAGAGACUGACAAGCAGACUCGAAUUGCCAUUGUCAGUUCGGACAAAUGCAAGCCGAAGCGAUGCCGUCAGGAGUGCAAGAAAUCCUGCCCGGUGGUCCGGAUGGGCAAGCUCUGUAUCGAAGUGGCCAUGGACUCGAAGAUCGCGUCCCUUUCGGAGGAACUGUGCAUCGGUUGCGGUAUUUGUGUCAAGAAAUGUCCCUUCGAGGCCAUCACCAUCAUCAACAUCCCGAGCAAUCUGGAUAAGCAUACCACUCAUCGGUACUCGAAGAACUCCUUCAAGCUGCAUCGUUUGCCGACUCCUCGUCCGGGUGAAGUUCUAGGGCUGGUUGGACAGAACGGUAUCGGAAAAUCAACGGCCCUAAAGAUCUUGGCCGGCAAGUUGAAACCCAACCUUGGUCGUUAUUCCGACCCUCCAGAUUGGACGGAAAUCUUGGCCCAUUUCCGUGGAAAUGAGUUGCAAAACUAUUUCACCAAAAUUCUGGAAGAUAGCUUACGCGCUCUCAUUAAACCGCAAUACGUAGAUCAGAUUCCGAAAGCCGUCAAGGGAUCGGUUGCCGUUCUGUUGGACAAAAAGGACGAGCGAAACAAUCAGAAGGAAAUCUGUGACCUGCUUGAUCUGACCCACAUUCGGGAUCGUGAAAUUCAAGCAUUGUCCGGAGGAGAACUGCAACGUUUUGCUUGCGCCAUGGUGUGCAUCCAGGACGGUGACAUCUUUAUGUUUGACGAACCGUCCUCUUACUUGGAUGUCAAGCAACGUUUGAAUUGCGCUUUGACUAUCCGUUCUCUGAUUCAUCCGGAUAAGUUUAUUAUCGUUGUUGAACACGAUCUGUCCGUUUUGGAUUAUCUAUCCGAUUUUAUCUGCUGUCUGUAUGGAGUCCCAGGUUGCUAUGGUGUCGUUACUAUGCCCUUCUCAGUUCGUGAAGGAAUCAACAUCUUCCUGGACGGUUACAUCCCAACGGAAAACAUGCGAUUCAGAACCGAAUCACUCACGUUUAAGGUAUCGGAAUCGGCUUCGGAAGAAGAAAUUAAGCGCACCUGUCAUUAUGUGUACCCGAACAUGAAGAAACGGCUUGGAGGUUUUACUCUCACCGUCAACGAUGGACAAUUCAGCGAUUCGGAAAUUAUUGUACUGCUGGGUGAAAAUGGAACUGGAAAGACCACCUUUAUUCGUAUGCUGGCUGGCAACUUGGAACCAGAUGAGGAAUCUGAGAAGCUUCCUUGCCUGAACAUUUCCUACAAACCGCAGAAAAUUUCACCCAAGAGCCAAUCGACGGUCCGCUGCUUGCUGCAUGAUAAGAUUCGGGAUGCUUACGUCCAUCCACAGUUCAUCGCCGACGUCAUGAAACCGAUGAAGAUUGAGGAAAUUAUGGACCAAGAGGUACAAAAUUUGUCCGGAGGUGAAUUGCAACGUGUGGCGCUGGUGCUUUGUCUCGGUAAACCGGCUGAUGUGUAUCUUGUCGAUGAACCCUCCGCUUACCUAGAUUCCGAGCAGCGUUUGAUUGCAGCCAAGGUUAUCAAGAGAUACAUUCUGCACGCCAAGAAGACCGGUUUCGUGGUCGAGCACGAUUUUAUCAUGGCCACCUACCUUGCCGACCGGGUGAUUGUAUUCGAGGGUAAACCAUCGGUCGACACUACCGCCCACACUCCGCAGUCCCUGUUAAACGGCAUGAACCGGUUCCUGGAACUGCUUGAGAUCACAUUCCGGCGGGAUCCAAACAACUUUAGACCGCGCAUCAACAAGCUCAACUCGGUUAAGGACACGGAACAGAAACGUGCCGGACAGUACUUCUUCUACGAAGAGUCAUAAGCUGGGGAAAGCGGUUUAGCGUGUUUGUUCUCUUCUAGCGCUUCGAAAGGGAAAUGAAAAUUGUAUUCACUUUUUACUUUACAAUCAGCUCUAAUAUUUUCGCUACGACGGAGUUCCGUGUGUUGGUUCUUCCUGUCAGGACAUCGUGUCAGGUUCGUACGAAUUUCAAAUUUUAGUCUCGCAAAAGAGUAUAGGUGUAUUCUAUAUGGUACUGAUCAAGUAUCUUUGGGUAUCAUCAACGAUGAUACGUUUGGGGUUAAUACAGUGAAGUCUUUAAAAAUUUUCUACAGAACUUACCUACAUAGUUGAGCUGUUCAGCAUAUUUUUUCCAAAAUUGGUUAAUAAAUUUUUUAAAUUUA